AUGCAAGCCACCAUCAGAUUCCACCCGCGCCCAGCACAACAGCCACCGCCCUCCUACAUAGUCCUCCGCUCGCCGUGGAAUACUCCUAGCGCCCAUUCUCUAAACAUACCCACGAACAUGAAGGACCCGACAUAUCCCCUAGUCCCUAUUGCAAACAUUUGCGCCGCUGCCAUGAUCGUCACCACACUCGUCUCCAGCAAACUACGAGGAGCGCACAACCGUGGCAUUGUCAUGCUCGCUGGAUGGGUUCUGGCACAAGUCGCAAUUAUAUCCAUCCAGUCCAUCGUCUGGAGAGACUCGUGGCAGAUCAUGAUCCCAGUGUUUUGCGACAUCACGUCACAUCUCUGGCAAGCUUUGGUGGUCGGCAUACCGGCUUGCUCGUUUCUGAUCACCCGCCGUCUUUGGCACGCCGUUCAAGGACGCGAGUUGGUAGCGGAUACCUCGAAGACGCGCAAUGAAGCUCUCCUCGAGUAUACUCUGGGCCUGGGGGUGCCCUUCCUAAGUAUGAUCUUGUACUAUCUCGUCCAAGGUGCACGCUUUCAAGUUAUUGAGAACUACGGAUGCUCCAGCUACGUCUACCCAUGCGGAGUUGCUAUACUCGUAUUCCAAGGCUGGCUCGUCAUCUUCCCCGUGCUCUCAAUCUCGUUGUAUGGCUGGCGCAUAAUCGCGUAUCUUUAUCGGCACAGGCGCAUCACGCACCAUCUACUGCAGCAGGGCAGCACUAGGUUCCAGCGCGCCCGCUACACAAGAAUAUUCGCCCUUGCCUGCAUUGACGUCAUCCUUGUACUACCCCAGGGCGUCGCAACGACCGUCUUCUCGGGCUUCGACGACGGAGUGACGUUCAAGUUCUGGCCUGGUUGGGACACCGUGAAAGAGUACUGGGCUCCACAAGCCGUGACCGACGAUGAAUGGCGAAGCUCUGCUAUCUACUCCUUCAACAUAUACUGGAAUCAGUUUUCCGGCGUCGUUCUUGCCUCCGCCAUCUUUCUGCUCUUCGGUUUGUCACGAGACGCGCGAGAAUCCUACAAGGAUGCGUUCAGGAGAGCAAAAAGCCUUGGCGCCUUGAGAAAGACGACUGCGAGUCGAGGCUCUACAGUAUAUGUUCAACCACUCACGGCUCUUUCUACCGCGCACCCUAAGAUCAGGCAAACAGACUCACAGUCUACAAUAACCGUCACAAAGGGUCGCGCAGAGCAAUCGACUGAACUCGAUACGUUGUCUACAGGGCCAGAGAGCAGCCCUACAUCAUUGGUGGUGGUUGAUAUUGAGGUCGGCCGUUCUAUAGAUGCGCAUGCCAUAAGCUCGGGAGGCAUAGCGAAGUCUAAUGUAUGUUUCUAUACAAGUAUUGCUAUCAUCGACCUGGGAGAACAGGCGUAG